AUGGCCACCGAAAGGGAAGCAAGGAUGAUGAGAAUGCUAAAGGAGUUUGACGAAACAAAUGCGGGAAUCUUCGUUAGUCCGUUAGACGAGUUCGCUCGGGAGCCUAAACUACGACAGUCAGUCCAGGUCCCGGUGAUCGAUAUUGGAUACACGGGAAAUCCCGAGAGGCGAAAUUGGAUCGUGGAGCAAGUGAGAAUGGCUUCGGAGGCGUUUGGGUUUUCCCAGGUGGUGAAUCAUGGGAUUCCACGAGCGGUGCUGGACGGAGUAGAGGAAGUACUACACAAGGGAUGUGAGGCGGACCGUCAGCUGGCGGGACACGCUCAGCAUUUUAUGUUUGGGGCCUGA